GCGACGGCGACGGCGACGGCGACGACGACCGCGGCAGCACAUCGCCUCUCUCUCUCUCUCUCCCUCUCCUCUUUCUUCGCUUCUCCGACCGCCGUCGUAGUGGCGUGAUCUCCGCAACGACGUCGAUUAUCGUCUCCGAAUCGAAGCUCCGAUCACCAGCUUCCUUGUCGAUUCGUUCACCUACGUUCCUUCCUUCUCAAUGCAUUCGCUCACGGGCUCUCCCAAGGACACCUACCGAGAGGAAAACGCGGAAGAAGAAGUAGAAGAAGAAGAAGAAGAAGAGGAUGACGGCGAAUCGAUGAACGCUUCUCUCGCCACCACCGCCACCGAUGGGCAGCCGCUAGAUUCCGCGGAGCAAGCGUCCGAGCCCGAGCCUCCCGCCGAGGCUGCGUCGGAGGAUUUGUCCUCGGAGGAGCCGCCUCCUUCCGACGACACCUUUAGAUCUCGGAAGCGAAUGAGGGCGGAGGAAGACAACGGGGACGGAGAAGGGGAAGUGGUGUCUCCCAGGAAACAGAAUCAUCUGUCGUCGCUCGCGUCUCGGGCACCAGACCAACAACAACCCGAGCGCGAGCUGUCAGGGGAUGAUGAGCAAUCAGCAUUGCUCGAAGCAGGUGUUAGUAACGGCGAGGCCAACGGCUUUCUCAAUGGCAGCUUGAAAACUGCAGGGGCGACUGGUUCGAGCGCGGGCAGUGGGAAGAAAUCGAAGAAGAAGAACAGCAAUGUGUGGGUGACCAAGACUACGCGGAAAGGGAAGAAGAAGAACAAGAGCGGCGGCAAUAAUAGCCACAAUGUGCCUGCUGAGGACACCGUAUUGAUAGCUCCUGUCCCUAGGUUUCCGGACAGAAACGACGAUGCGCCGGACAUGGAAAUAUGCUUGUCGAAGGUUUAUAAGGCCGAGAAAGUAGAAUUAAGCGAGGAUAGAUUGAGUGCAGGCAGUUCCAAGGGGUAUAGAAUGGUGAGAGCCACAAGAGGAGUAGUUGAAGGAGCUUGGUACUUUGAGAUAAAGGUGGAGAGAUUGGGGGAGACAGGGCAUACCAGGUUGGGAUGGUCCACGGAGAAGGGGGACUUGCAGGCUCCAGUUGGGUAUGAUGGGAACAGUUUUGGGUAUAGAGACAUUGAUGGAAGUAAGGUGCAUAAGGCACUGAGAGAGAAAUAUGGGGAGGAAGGGUAUAAAGAAGGCGAUGUCAUUGGAUUUUACAUAAAUUUGCCUGACGGGGGAUUAUAUGCGCCGAAGUCGCCACAAUUGGUUUGGUACAAGGGUCAGAGAUAUGUUUGCAUGGCCGAUCCAAAAGAAGAUCCCCUGAAAGUUGUACCGGGAAGUGAGAUUUCUUUUUUCAGAAAUGGAGUUUGUCAAGGGUUUGCUUUUGAAGAUCUGUAUGGAGGUCGGUACUACCCGGCUGCUUCAAUGUAUACUCUUCCAAAUGAACCAAACUGUGUCGUCAGGUUCAACUUUGGUCCCAAGUUUGAAUGCUUUCCGAGUGACUUUGGAGGACGUCCAAUCCCGAAGCCUUUGAUCGAAAUCCCUUAUCAAGGGUAUGACAGCCACGUAGAUAAUGGUGGCUCCACUGAACAAAAGCACUGACCAAGAGAAACUCCUAAAAUUACAUAACUUAGGAAUCAUUAUUGAGAGAUUGAAUUGAGUUUGACAUUUGAUUGUAAUUCUUAUGAUUGUGGAACCAACACGCUUAAGGAACGAUAAACUUUAUCUUUUUUCCAAAA